AUGAGCACAGAGUCCAACGAACUAAAGCUGUCCAAGCUCCCGUCAAACCAUGACAUGGAGCGGGUGACCACAGACGUUCAGUUUGGAGACUUCAAGCGGCAAGAGUCGCGGGACCUUGACCCAGCCCUGCAAUUUCUGGGCUCGGAGGUGAUCGAAUACACCCCCGCCGAGGCGAAGAAGGUGUUGUCCAAAAUCGAUCGAGUCCUCAUGCCCUUGUUGUGCUGGGUUUAUUUGAUUCAAUUUGCCGACAAGACAUCCUUGAACUACGCCUCACUGAUGGGUAUCCGGGAAGACACUCAUCUGGCGCCGAAUUCUCAGCAAUACAGCUGGGUUUCGAGUAUUUUUUAUGCUGGAUAUAUUUGUUGGGAAUUUCCCACCACAUACCUGCUCCGUCGCCUGCCACUGGGCAAGUACACCUCGGUCAAUAUCCUGCUCUGGGGUAUCGCACUCGCCUGCCACGCAGCCACUCACAAUUAUGCAAGCCUGCUCUGCGUCCGAUUUUUCCUGGGUGCGUUCGAGGCAACAGUCACCCCAGCCUUUGUCUUGUUCACCUCCUGCUGGUACAAACAGGAAGAACAAGCCAAGCGCAUGGGCUUUUGGCUUAGCUGUAACGGCGUUGCCCAGUUACUCAUCGGACCCAUUGCCUUCGGACUGGCAGGUGUACACGGAACGGCCAUUGCAGUCUGGAAGAUCCUCUUCCUGGUCUUUGGCCUUCCAACUGUCAUAACUGGGAUCUUGUAUCUGUGGUACAUGCCAGAUAAUCAAAUUCAGGCGCGGUUCCUGAACCACCGCGAGAAACUUAUCGCUAUUGAUCGUAUCAGAGGCAAUUUUCAAGGCAUCGGCAACCAUACAUGGAAGUGGCCGCAGUUCUUUGAAGCCUUCCGAGAUCCGCGCACCUAUCUCUACGUGCUGUUCUCGCUUUCUUUUGGCUUCUCUGACCGUAUGUCCCUCAUUCUUAACAUGCCAAUGGGACUCGUGGACAUUGUCUGCAAGUUGGGAUUGACAUAUCUCUCUGAUAAAUUCUUCGAUCGCACCCUCUUCGCCACGAUCGCCAUUAUGAUCCCCAUGAUCGGUGGAAUUAUGAUGGUUGUGAUUCCACUUCAUGCUAAAGCCGCCUUGCUGAUUGGCUAUUAUCUCAUUGGUGCCGCGGGGACGGCCUGGUGUCUCGUCAUGGUGAUGAUUUCCAAUAACACCCUCGGGUACACUAAGAAAGCAACUGUGAAUGGUCUCCAAAUCUUGGCCUACGCAGCUGGAAACUGGAUUGGUCCUCAGACCUUCCGCUCGACUCAAGCGCCGGAAUACUUUGAUGGCAAACUGAUGGUUGCUAUCAUGUACGCUCUAGCAGCGGUUACUCUGGUGGUGAUUCGGGUGAUUAAUAUUGUGGAAAAUAGGAGACGGGAUCGUGGGGCAAGUGAUGAUCCUGACGCUGCGCAUUCUACUGGUGGUUCUGAAUUCCUUGACUUGACUGAUUUUGAGCAGCCUGCUUUUCGCUAUGUGCUUUGA